CCCCCAGAUCCUGACGCACCCAUUCUCCGUCUUCCCUCCCUCCCUCCCGAUGCGGCCGCUCUCUCUCCCCUGACGCGCCGCCGUCCGCACCUCCCGACGCACCACCGUCCUCCGCCUUCCCCCGCAUUCCGCUCAGCCACCGCCCUCUCCUCCUCCCCCCACCCUCCGCCGUGGCGAAUCCACCUCCAGAUCGAGAAGGGGAGGCAGCGUAUGUCGCAUCCACGCACCAGAUCGAGCAGCGGCGCUCCAAGAUCGAUCCAUCUCCGUCGUCCUCGUGGUUGAUGCCCAUGUCCUCCUCAAGGACGGCCGUCUCCGUGCUCCACCACCACCCUUUCCCUCCUCCCUCACCGCAUAUGACAUGGAGCUGGGAUCUUCCAGAUCGAGCGCCGGCAGGGUAGGCGCCUCCGCCGCCCAAGUCCAAGAUCCCACCUCCGCCGCCGGUAGGGAUCGUCCAGACCAGCGCAAGGUCUUCCGCGUCGCUGACCACGCCGGGGUCGCGCUCGCCGGCCUCACCGCCAUCUUCCUCCACGAGCUGCAGCCCAUCCUCGCCAACCACCUGCAGACCCAGACCGCCACCACUGGCAACACAUGCGUCGUGGCCUGCGGCGCCGCCGCCGCCAAGGACCACCUCUUCAAGGGGUCGCAGGAGCAGCCGGGCCUGGUCACCAUCGCCAUGGAGGAGAUCCUCCGGUUCGCGGCGUCCGACGGUGGCACCGCCAGGGUGUCGUCGUACCAGGUUCAUGUCAAGUCAGUUGAGGAUUUCGCGCGGCUGGGCUAUUUCGAUGAGAACCAGGACAAGCAGCAGCCCACCAAAGCUUCUUCCACCCAGCAGCAUCCCACUAAACUGACUAGUUUUUCAUGCCUUGUGUGAAAUCUGUACCCUACUAGAAGAUGCCACCAUCAAGUUAAUAAUAACACUAAACUGGUAUAUGUAAUUAUAACCAGACAAUUUAUCGCAUCGUACUAUAAAAAUAUGUAAUCAGUAAGCCUAAAAGCCGCUAAACUGGUAUAUUCAUUAUUUGAGUUCAUUGGAAUAUAAUAUGAAACAAAGAUGAAUCUAUUUCUGCUAUGUUGCUGCCUUUGUGCAUAGAUGUAUCUUCAUGAGUCGCAAAACUCUUGACAUGCUUAUGCUAUAGUUGAUUUUCCUAGGUUGUAGUUUGUUCCAUAUCGUGUUAGGUUGUAUUGUAUAAUCUGCAUUAUAAGUGUGGUUUCUAAUGUGCUUAUGCUAGAUUAAUGCACCAACCUGACAUGUUACAAACCUUGAGCUAGAACCUAUGACAUCUCAUUUUAAAUGGUAAUCAUUGUUGCUAAAAUGCUUUGAUUUCAUACAAGUAUGUGCCGCCAACUGUCGUAUAGUUGUAUCCAUGCUUCUGAGCAUAUUAUUGUCUAGCCUCUUUUGUGAUUAGUCCUCAUUUUUAAUGAUGUUACUGUUUAUCUAAGAUCAUUUGAAGUUUUGAGCUGGCACCUAGCUAGCCUCUUUUGUGAUUAGUCCUCAUUUUUAAUGUCAUCCACACUAUUUUUUGUUAAUUUUGUUCCUUGUAUGAACAACCUUAUAAUUUUGGUGGAUGCACGUGUGGGUGGCAGGAGGGCUAGUUCAUGUAGCUUACUUCCUUUUUGUCAUUUUGGUGGCUUGCCAUUUUAUUUACAGCAUUGUGGAUGAUGCCAUUAUCCUAGUUUUCACAUUUAUAUUAGUCACUAGUUCUGCAAAAAGCAUAGAGAAGUAUUGUAAAUUCACAGGAAAUAACAAAAUUGUUUAAAGUUUAUUUGGGUUGGAUCUGUAUAUACACUAUUUUCUUAAAACACAAACCUGUACAUUCACAACUGAAUAGAUGAUACAUUUUUUUUGGAUCUGUACAUGCAAUAUUUUGCACUGGAUUGGUGGUUAGUUUUAUGUACCGUUUGAAUUAUAACAGAAUAGCAUUAGUAGUGCUUUGAUUUAGUUCUCAUCAAAAUCAACAGCCCAAUCUUGUGUUCCUGUUAUGAGAAUUGUUCCUUCAAGGAUAUGCCAGGAUGUGUACACUCUAAUCUCUAAUGAUGUUUGUCUUUGUGUUCAGGAGCUCCAGGUCUACAAAAUUUGAAGUUCGAAACCAUAUAGCUCUACUCAGCAAAGAGUCGUCUCUUCUGUUUGAUUGUAAUAGAAUGUAAAUAUUGUAAUAGUAGGCAUAUCUGGGUUGUAAUAACUAUAUAUAGAUUGUAGUAGACUUAGUUAGUUUUAUUUGAUGAACUACGUUUGUACUGUUCUGUUUGAAAUAUUGAUUAUGUAAGUGAUUUGAAAAUGUGUGGAAUGGAAACCUAACUUGUGGGAUUCACUUAUGAAAAUAAUCUAAGCAGUUUUCAA